AUGUGUGAAGAGAUAAAUCAAAGUGAAACAAAUUGUGAUUGUUUUCCAGGUUGGUGUUUGUGUGUUUAUAAGAAUAUGAAGACAACACACCAACUCUAUACUACAUACCGGAAUUAUGAUUAUCAACACACCACGAAUCACUUAGAGGCGGAGGAAACAGAAGAUUUCCAAUUUCCCUACUUUGAAGUCAAAGAUAUCAACGAUAUAGAGCCAAAGAUCGAAGAGUAUCAUAGAAACUUUGAAGAGUGUCAUAUAAAGUUUGAAAAUACUCAGAGUAUGCUAAAGUCUUUGCAAUCAGAGUUGGAUGAGUUAGAAGAUUUCAAUUUGGAUAUAUUUGAAACAGAGGAUUCAAAGACAAUUGAUGUAAAGAUCAUAGAGAAUGGAAGUGCUCCGAACAAUCAAUCUUUACUGUCGACACUGGCGAUCCCAGAAAUAUUCCAAUUUCCAUUCAAAAACGAUGACAACGAAGUGAGGUGCGAUAAUGAAGAAUACCGAUUCCCAUUCUUUGACGAUGUAGACGAAUUAAAUAUAAAGCCACCAUGUCCAAUGAUCAAAAUCACAACACCCCCACAACCACCAAGAAAGCAAGAAGAAUAUCUGGAUUCAAUGGAUUCUGGGGAAGAUUUAUCAUCUUUGUUCAAUUGA